AUGAGAAAACCAGCCCAACAGCAUGGAAAGAAAGUUUCUAAGCUUCUGAAGGUGGUGGAUGACAAGUGCGAUUUGACUUCCUUGUUCGACGAUCACCUUAUUAACCAAAAGUUCCUCGAAGACUAUGCAAAGAAAGAAUACCUCCCCAAAACAACGGAGAAUUAUUUAAUGAGUUUACGUCACUUUUACUCCUUUUCCCUUCCUGAAAAACUAGGAAUAACUGUUUCUAAGAAAAGUUAAUCUCUUUAAGAGACAAAGUCAGCCGGUGGUCAUCAGCAUUUCGCCAGAACUUGUGCCAAACGACACUAA